ACUGAUGACGCGCUGUGAGUGGGCGUGGUUUGGCAUGAAGCAGUGCUAGCCCCGGUCGCCGGGUAAACUGUCCCCCCUCAGUGAAGAUGGCAGCGGGGAACAAGUCCUACACUAUAGUGGAGUAUUUCGGCGGGGAUGACGGGUACCGGUGCGGGUACUGUAAGAACCAAACCGGGAACUUCUCUCACGGGAUGUGGUCUCACACCAUGACUGUGCAGGACUACCAAGACCUCAUAGACCGAGGAUGGAGGAGAAGUGGGAAAUACGUCUACAAGCCCAUAAUGAACAAAACAUGCUGUCCACAGUACACCAUCAGAUGUCAUGUACUGAAGUUUCAGCCUUCCAAAUCCCACAAGAAAAUCCUGAAGAAAAUGAGCAAGUUCAUCUCCAACGGAGAAUUACCGAAAGGACAGGAUGAUGGUGAGCCCAUGGACUCUGUGUGCGAGGAAGCCGGUCCACGCGAGCCCUGCAGACCCCUGGAGAUGAAGUGUCCUGUCGUCACAGACCUGAAGAAAGAAACAGCAGAGUGUCCUGAUAUCACGGAGGGUCAGACGGAGGUACCUGAAGCGGCACCGACCGGCUCGGAAACACCCAGGAAAGACCAGGAGUCCUCUGUACCUGACGGGAGAACAGCAGCCUCGGCUCCUAAAGCAGGAGUCGGAGCGGACGCCAGCAGGCCGCAGUGCCGGAAGGCCAAAGACCUGAGGAAGGAGCGCCGCCUCCAGAAGGAGCAGAUGAGACAACACAACGACGGCGCCUCACCCAUCGUCUCCCCAACACCCUCCACCCCGUCCCAGACCAACCAGGCCAAACCCCUGGAGGAUUUCAUCAACGACUCUCUGCCUGAGAACUCUUCUCACUGCCUUGAGGUGAGGCUAGUGCGCUCCAAUCCCCCUAGCCCGCAGUUCAAAGCCUCUUUCGACGCCUCCUACCAGGUGUACAAACUCUACCAGAUGGCCAUUCACAAGGAUCCUCCUGACAAACCCACCGAGAGCCAGUUCCGGAGAUUUCUCUGUGAUUCACCACUAGAGGCUGAAUAUUCUCCAGAUGGGCCCGAGGUCGGUUACGGAUCCUUCCACCAGCAGUACUGGCUGGACGGGCGCAUCGUGGCGGUGGGGGUGAUCGACAUCCUGCCCACCUGUGUGUCCUCCGUGUACCUGUAUUACCACCCAGAAUUUGCCUCGCUGUCUCUGGGCUCCUACUCUGCUCUCAGGGAGAUCUUGUUCACCAGGCAGCUGCAUAAACAGUCCCCCAAGCUGUCCUACUACUACCUGGGCUUCUACAUCUACUCCUGUCCCAAGAUGCGCUACAAGGGGCAGUACCGGCCUUCAGACCUCCUGUGCCCAGAAACCUACGCCUGGGUAUCGAUCGAGCGAUGCCUUCCCCAGCUGGAGAACUCCCGCUACGCUCGCUUCAACCAGGAUCCUGAUGCAGGAGACGCUCGGCUGCUGAAGGACGUGGGCCGAGCUCUGGUCCUGUACCGGCGGACCGUCAUGCCGUACGCCGUCUACUCCCGUAAGCGUAAAGGCUCCAGCGACGAGGCGGAGGUGCAGCAGUACGCCGGGCUGGUGGGUCAGGACUGUGCCGAGAGGAUCCUGCUGUACCGCGCCUGAACACACCUGUGCACCUUUUAUAACCUGCAGAAACACACACACACACACACACACCUCCCAGCAGUGUUUUGUCUGUGUGUCCGUCUGUGGACGUGCUCUCUGCUGCCUCUUCUCUGUAGUCUCAUAUUUAGCUUCUCGAAGGAGCCAAUCACUGCUGUUUGUCUGUAUCCACGCUCUCAUUGACCACGGCGAUCAUCUUUUUACACGUAUUGAGUUUAAAUGAUUUCACAGAUGAUCCUGAAUCUGUUUGUUUCUGUGCUUUAUUUUGUCUCACCGCCCCCCACAGGGACUCAGAUCUUUAUUCCACCUCAUCAUUUAAACCCUGAAUGCUGCGUAAUGAUGCUGUUAGAGACCGUCAGUGACAGCUCUCUCCUCUGUUCGUCUCCUCCUCUUUUAUAUUUUAUCUUCUCAGUUGCUGACUCAAACCACACCCCAGCGUAGUAAAGACUUUCAUCACCGGGUCAAUGUGAAGCUCAGAGCGCACUGUCUGUCCUGUCUUAUAUUUAUGUCUUUGUUUGCUUUCUUUUAAUAUGAACACUGUUGUUUUUGGUUAAACCAAAUAAAGGGUUGUAUAUUCCCUC